AUGUGCGAUAAGCACGUUCUUCUCGUGGGAUCUUCGGGAAGAAACGUCUCGUGUGGGAUCAUCGAAAGUCCGUGUCCACGAUCGUUCACCGAGGCCCGUGACUUCGACGACUCGGUGACCAACACUUACAUCUACGCGGUGUCCACCAAGGUGGGCAGAAACCGGUGGCAGCCACCGAUGCCGAGCGAGUACUGUGGCACCUCCUCCUUCACGCUCUGCCUGCCGUGCGCCGUGGGCGAUCUCAAAAACAAGCACGUCUCCCACGCCGCGCGGCUCUUCCACGAGGAUGUCCGCAACGUAGGCCAGGAGAGGAUCCAGUCCACCAUCGACUGGAUGGAGGAGACGCUGCGCAAGGGCCAUGAUAUCGGGCUCAACGUCCCGCCACCCAGCACCGGGAUGGGGAUCUACAGCGUCAACUUGCACUCGUUCCCGGUGUACGAGUUCGAGUUUGGGUGGGGGCGGCCGGCCCACUUCUCGAUGGUGCUGGAGCCGUGGUAUGGCAACGGGGUGGUGGUGCUACUUCCCACGCCCCAGGGCGGGAUGCGAGAGCGCCGGAUUGUGGUGAUGCUGGAGCAGAUGAAGAGGCUGCUGCAAAGCGAGCUCUUCGCGAGGUUUACAACCCUGGACUGCUAG